AUGGAAGACUUGAUGGCGAGGAUUGAAAAACAUGCCAGAGCAAAGGAGGAUAAGAGGUCGAAAUGGGAAAGUAUGACCAAGCAAGAUAAGAGAAAUAGCUCGCCCAAACGAAGUCAAAAUGGGGCUGGUAAUGACAAUGGAGAGUCAAGGUUAAAGGCGAUACAGGAAGUUUGCACUAUCUUCAAGAUCCUGAUUUACAAAAUUCUGGAGAGAAUCAGGAACCAACUCUACUACAAACCACAACAGAAGGUCCCAGGGGAGUUGAUGAGAAGGUUCCAUACUAAGUCAUGUGCAUACCAUGAUGAAACAAGGAGAAAACAAGAGGAGCAUGCCAAGUUGGCACAAGCACCACCCCCGCUGCCCACUACUCAUUGGGCUGAAGAACCUCAGGUCAUUAAUGUGGUCCAUUUGAAGGUGAGCCCAAAUGAGAUCAAGAGGAAGACCUGGAGGGUGAAACACUUACAACACGUGUUUCAAGUCCAACAGAAGAAACCUCAGAUAGAAGAAUGUCAGGGGCUAAUGAUUUCUUUUAUAGAUAAGAACUUGGAAGUUGUCCAACAUUCACACCACAACACAUUGGAGGUGACCUUGAUGAUUAGAGGAUAUCGGGUGAGAAGAAUAUUGAUAAAUCAAGGCAGUUCUUGUGACAUCAUGUACGUCAGGUGCUACAAACAACUCAGCCUUCAUAGGGACGAUUUAGAGCCAUUUGAUAGCCUAGUGGUCGGAUUUAAUGGGACACUGACUUGGCCGCUGGGGUCAAUGAGUUUGGAUGUACAAACAAGAACCAAGACAGUAACAUCGGAGUUCACUGUGAUAGAUACUUCAUCUCCGUAA